AUGGUUGCAGCGCUGCCAACUUUUUGCUCGAUCUUUGAGCCGUCUGCCGGGAGAGAGGAUAAUGCAGAAGAAGUAUGCAUUUAUACAGAUGGCUCGAAGUCUGACAACCAGGUGGCGUGCAGCUUCAUCACCAAAAGGCAAGGGAAUACCCUCGCAGCAUGGAAUGGGAACCUGAAAGCAAACAACUCCGUCUUCCACGCAGAAGCAGCAGCCCUGAAACAAGCGUUGUCUUAUGCAGCCGCUAACAGCCAAACUUCUUAUCGCAUUUACACUGACAACCAAUCGACCAUCUAUGCAAUAAGGAAUCCUUAUCAUCCCAGCCCACUUACUGCAGAAAUCCAAGCACACCUGAGAGCCAGAUCGUCGGCAUCUCCACUCCACAUCUCCUGUAUUAAAGCUCAUUUUGGGCACCAAGGAAAUGAGAAGGCGGACUUACUUGCAAAGGAGGCGGGGCCGAACCUAGAUGCGCAGCAAAUAUAG